AUGGAUACAGAAAACCACUCAGUGGUGACUGAGUUUAUCUUCAUGGGCAUCACCCAGGACCCUCAGAUGCAGAUCAUCUUCUUCGUGGUUUUCCUCACAGUUUACCUGGUUAAUGUAGUGGGGAACGUUGGUAUGAUUAUCCUGAUUAUAACAGACACUCAGCUUCACACACCCAGGUAUUUUUUCCUCUGCAACCUCUCCUUUGUUGAGCUGGGCUACUCCUCAGCCAUUGCCCCCGGGAUGCUGGCUGACUUCCUAACAAAGCACAAAGUUAUCUCCUUCUCCAGCUGUGCCACCCAGUUUGCUUUCUUUGUAGGUUUUGUGGAUGCUGAGUGCUAUGUCCUGGCAGCCAUGGCCUAUGAUCGUUUUGUGGCUAUCUGUCAACCCCUCCACUAUAGCACCCUCAUGUCCAAGCGGGUCUGCUUGGCUCUCAUGCUGGGCUCUUACCUGGCUGGUCUAGUAAGUUUAGUAGCCCACACUACCCUCACCUUCAGCCUGAGUUACUGUGGUUCCAAUAUCAUCAACCAUUUCUUCUGCGAAAUCCCACCACUCUUGGCCCUCUCUUGUUCAGACACCUACAUCAGUGAGAUCUUGCUCUUCAGUCUGUGUGGCUUCAUUGAAUUCAGCACCAUCCUCAUCAUCUUCAUCUCCUAUACCUUUAUCCUCGUUGCAAUCAUCAGAAUGCGUUCAGCCGAAGGCCGCCUUAAGGCUUUCUCCACCUGUGGGUCUCACCUUACUGGCAUCACCCUCUUCUAUGGCACAGUCAUGUUUAUGUACCUGAGGCCAACAUCCAGCUACUCUCUGGACCAAGACAAGUGGGCCUCUGUGUUCUACACGAUUAUCAUCCCCAUGUUGAAUCCCUUGAUCUACAGUUUGCAGAACAAAGAUGUGAAAGCUGCUUUCAAAAAACUAAUUCGAAAAAUCCUCAAUAACACAAAAUGA